AUGACCAAUGUAAAAUCUGGCUCCCGAAGCAAAACCAGUGAUCCUCGACUGGUUUUAGACAUGGUUCAGCUCAGUCAAUGCUCUUUUGGGGAAAUUAGUGACCUGAGGAUGCUGUAUAAAACCAAUGGGCAACACAUAGAGAACUGGACAGGAUUGCAGAUUCUUAAGGAUGUUGACAUGGAACUGUACACAGGACUCCAGAGACUGACAAUAAUAAACUGCAAUUUACGGACAAUCCAGGCACGAGCAUUUGCGCAGAACCCUCACCUCCGCUACAUAAACCUGUCCAAGAACCCUCUGACGACACUCUCUUGGCAGCUUUUUCAGCACCUUCAGCUAGUCGAACUGAGGCUGGAGGGGGUCGUCUUUGACUGCGGCUGUGGGAUCCGAUGGAUUCAGCUCUGGCAGCUCCGAGGUGAGGCUGGCUUGCACACCCAGCAACUCUACUGCAAGAACGGCGCAAGCAAGCUCCGCCUGAGAUCAAUGAGCAUUGCCUACUGUGUUCCGCCAGUAAUACUGAAGCUGGACGAGCCGGAGCGGCGCCAUCACACCUGCAUUGAGUUCACUGGCCGUGAGAUCCUGCAGAGCGAGUAUAUCCGCAUGGAGAUGGAGCACUACCAAGAUUACUUGGAAGGCUGCUUGACUUUUCAGAACCCCACGCAUUACGACAAUGGAAACUACACCCUAGUUGCCUCUAACUCUCUCGGGUCAGUCACCAAAACCAUCUACGGCUAUUUUCUUGAGCCACCGUUCAUUGAGGAUGAUGGAAUAAUUGAGUACACUCCAACACCUGAAGAUGAGGCGAAGAGUCCUGAAGAAGAUUCAUUUGGAAUGUCGAUUGCUGUUGGUCUGGCUGGCUUUGGUUGCGUCUUCCUCAUUGUGAUUUUCGUCCUCAUCAACAAAUACAGCAGACGCAACAAAUUUGGGAUAAAAGGCCCAGUGGCAGUCAUCAGCGGUGAGGAAGACUCUGCAAGCCCUCUUCAUCAUGUCAACCAUGGUAUCGUCACACACUGCUCUCUCGACGCGGGACCGGACGCCGUCGUAAUCGGCAUGAGUCGCAUUCCUGUCAUCGAGAACCCGCAGUACUUUCGACAUGGACACAACUGCAACAAGCCAACCACUUAUGUGCAGCAUAUUAAACGGAGGGACAUUGUUCUGAAGAGGGAGCUGGGUGAGGGAGCUUUUGGGAAGGUGUUUCUGGCUGAAUGUUACAACCUCAGCCCCACCAAAGAUAAGAUGCUGGUGGCUGCGAAGACUCUCAAAGAUCCGACCCUGACUGCCAGAAAAGACUUUCAAAGGGAGGCCGAGCUCCUCACCAACCUGCAGCACGAGCACAUUGUGAAGUUCUAUGGCGUGUGCGUGGACGGCGACCCUCUCAUCAUGGUGUUUGAAUACAUGAAGCAUGAAGACCUCAAUAAGUUUCUGAGAGCCCAUGGUCCAGACGCCAUGAUCCUUGUUGAUGGCCAACCGAUGCAGUCUAAUGGGGAACUUGGUCUCUCGCAGAUGUUUCAUAUCGCUACACAGAUAGCGGCAGGCAUGGUCUACCUGUCCUCCCAGCAUUUUGUGCACCGUGACCUGGCCACCCGCAACUGCCUCGUGGGUAACGGCCUGCUCGUGAAAAUUGGAGACUUCGGGAUGUCCAGAGACAUCUACAGCUCAGAUUACUAUCGAGUGGGAGGUUACACCAUGCUGCCCAUACGCUGGAUGCCUCCGGAGAGCAUCAUGUACAGGAAGUUCUCCACAGAGAGCGAUGUAUGGAGCUUCGGCGUCAUUAUGUGGGAGAUCUUCACCUAUGGGAAACAGCCAUGGUUUCAGUUAUCUAAUAAUGAGGUCAUUGAAUGCAUUACCCAAGGUCGGGUUCUAGACAGGCCUCGCCUGUGUCCUAAGGAGGUGUACGACCUCAUGUUAGGCUGCUGGCAAAGAGAGCCGCAACAACGACUGAACAUCAAAGACAUUCAGAAAGUUCUUUACACACUGGGAAAAGCCAUGCCUGUCUACUUAGACAUCCUCGGCUGAGACUGGAGCGACAUCUCUCAGCAGAAUCCAACACAAUCCAGGAAUAACCAAACAAGCCCUUUUCCCCGCGUCGGCGCUCCACUGUAAAAACACCAACACGUCGGAGAUGGACUUUAAGUG